AUGACUGCUGCAAUAAUCUCAGCUUUGAGUGUACUGACGAAACCUCUUGGCGAGGUAUCUGGACGUAAUGCUCAAAGUUCUAAGGAGGAGGCUCUUCUAUCUGCACUGAAGGCGAACAGAGAUGUUCUCCUGGAGCAACUGCACAGUGACAGCAACCUGCAGAGCGCGUGCAAACUGAGAGAGGAAUUGGUGGUUAGCGCAUGCUGGUUUUUAAAUGAUACAGAUGAUGUGAUGUGGGGCUUUGUCCAGGAGUGUCUCAUUCUGCUGCUUAGCUUAGUACGCCACCUUUCUGAUGAACUCGAGCGUUUCAAGCAGACACCAUCCCCAGCUGCCAAACUUAACACCCCUGAGAUGGCUCCGCCUUUGCCCCCAGAUGUCCUAAGUUUCACACAGCAGAAAACAGUUGGUGCAGCCCUUCAGUUUGUGGUUUCUCUAGGACUCUGCCCGUACUUAGCUCCAGGGGUGGGUAUGCCACUGGGUUGCAGGUCUGCAUUUGGCGCAAUGGUGGAAAAAAUGGUAUGUGGUCAAAAAUCUGUUGGGGUACCACACAAGCUUCUGACAACGACGACUGUAUUGUUGCAAUUGGCCAAACUGUCAUCUCUUGCUACAUUGCUGUUUUCCCGGCACCUCGGAGAUGUGAUCGCGGCCCUCAGUCAGCUUGGCUAUCAGCCCCAGAAGUCAAAGAUAAGCGGCACAAAGCAUGUUCAGGACCUCAGCGAAGAGGAACGUAAGAACUGUCGGGAGGCUCUCCAAAGUCUUCUGAUGAAAGUGUAUCAGCCUGUGGUUAUCAAGGAGCUGCUUAUUUUACAAGGUGGAGCCAAACAGCCUGCUCCAGAAGGAAGCUCCAGUAGUUCCAGAAGCAGAACAGCACCGGGUUGGUUGAGGCGCCUGUGUGGUCAGUUGUUGUCUGAGCGUCUGAUGCAGCCUAAUGGGGUCCAAGCUGUUGUCAGAGCCAUCCUGGAAGGAGGAUCAGGUGGUGAGUCAGAUUGGAAAAAAUGUGACAGUAUUGCUAGGAUUCUCACAGCAUGCCCUCAGCAGUCUGCAUCGGCUGACACGUACUAUAAGCAAGUUUGUUCGCAGAUCCUUGAACUCUUGCACCUGAAGGACAAGCUUACAGCACAACAGUUUCAGUGUGUGGCCACCAGGGCAGCUCUCAACCUGCUGCAAGAGAAGACUAGUUUUGCUCAACAUUACUUGCUGGCUCCUCUUUUGAGUCCUCUCUCCAAAUGCAUCACUGCUGCUGAUGUUCACUGCCAAGUUGCUGUGGAAGAACAAGAAAUUACGCAAUGUGUGGAGGACAUCAACAAGAUCUGGGUUGUGGGCAACACUCUAUCUGCGCCUCUUCUCAACGCUUUAGAAGAAGUUCUUCCAGUUGUCUUCACCCUCUUCUGUUUCACCAAGCAGAACGUCUCCCACCUACGAACCCCAUGUCAGGAUAUUUUGCUGUGGUAUUUGAGCCAUGCAGAGACCUCUGCAGUAUUAUCACUACUCAGGCAGCUCUCAGGUUUGCAAAGUCAGAAGAAUGAUGUAGCAACAGGCUUCCAUUUCACCCCUGGCAGCAAUGGUGGAGUUCAACUUACCUGCAGAGAAGGCUGCAGUGAUGAGGAUGAUACGCUGUAUGAAAAGCUGUCCGGGGAGCAGUGGAGGCUGGAGUGUCUGAUGCACCUGUUGGGUGAACUCAAAGACAGUGAUGUGCCUGGAGAUUUCUUCCUGGACCUGCUGCAGGAGCUAACCAGUUGGACGGCAAUGGCAGCAGCAGAAGAGGGGGAAGAAGUUGGGCAUUUGGACAUAUCGGCUAUGACUCUUCUCGAGGUGGAGCUCCGACAACAGGGUCAUGUUGAAAGACAAGGCCACACGUUAGCUUUGCUUCAGGUGUUGGCCAUAAUGGUAGAGUCCCUUCAGCAUACUGUGAUGCUGAGAAGAAACAUACAGGUGGUUGACUUUAUAGAUUCGCUGCUUCAGAGGGCAUGCGUCGGUUUUGGUCUGGCAAAUAGAAUUAUUGAAAACCCAAUUGAAAGCCAAACAUUGAGUAUGGCAAUGGGCCUGGUCGCAACUCUUCUUUCUGGACCUCAGCUCACUGCUGAGGUCUACUCCUCUAUGUCAAGGCUGCUCCAGCCGCUAGAGACUCUCUCUCAGCAACAUCCAGAUGUGUUCAUCCAGGAGCUGGCAUCAAAUUUAAGAGCGGUCAUUGCUACUCACGGUGCCUACCGACCAGAUGACCUCACUACCUCAGGCUCUACAGACAGCAAGAUGUCCCCCAAGAGCAACAAUCAGAAUUCAAAGGAAAGAAUCAAGAUUGAAACAAAGAAAUUAAAGACUAGUCCUCCAUCACCUCUAUCCGUCAACGACAAGAUUCAACAAUUACAGCCACCGUCCUCUUUGGUCUUUAUGGAAGGUGAAAAUUCAAGUUCCUCCAAGUCCUUUUCUGACUGUCUACGCGAGGCGUGUGACCCUGAUGUGCCAACCAGAGCAAUUGCCCUGAGGACCUUGACCCAAAUGGUGCAAUCCAAAGAUCGAGAAACUGUUCAAGCUCAAGAGAAAGUCCUAAUUCUCUUCCUUGAAAACCUUGAACAUGAAGACUCUUUUGUCUACCUGUCAGCUAUUCAAGGACUUGCUGCAUUGGCUGAUGCCUAUCCUGCAAGAAUCCUGGAGAGGCUCCUCGAAAACUUUCAACAUGGUCCUUUACUCUCUAAAUCCAAAAAGGACCACAACUUGGAAUUUCGCCUUAAAAUGGGAGAAGUCCUAAUGAGGGCAAGUAGAGCUAUGGGGGAUUUAGCACCCCACCUGGGUCGUCCCUUGGUGUCUGUGUUCCUGAGAGGAACCAGAGACCUCGACCAAAGCGUCCGUGCCAGCAGUCUCUCUAACCUGGGAGAGCUGUGCCAGAGACUAGACUAUGCUUUGGGUCCACUGACUCAAGAGCUGAGCUCCUGUCUAACUGCUCUGAUAAAGACAGAGAAGGAAGCAGAGGUGAGGAGAGCUGCUGUCCAUGUCAUCACCUUGUUGAUCCGAGGCCUCAGUGAAAAAACAACACAGGUUCUCCGUGAUGUUCUAUUGGACCUGUACAGAGCCCUGAAGUGGGUGGUUCGAUCAGACUCUGAUGAGGUGGCUGUACUUCAUGCCCAGCUUGCUCUGGAGGAGCUUGAUGAUGUUAUGCGAACUCUCAUCUUCCCCAAACAAAAGUUGGAGAAGAAAAUAGUUGUUCUGCCCUAA